AUGUUCAUCUGCCGGCACGUAUCGCUUCGAGCAUACAUUCCGAGACCUGGCGCACCCUCACAUGUCCCUCGACGUUUGCUCUCGCACGCCGUCUCUGGCCUCCAGCCAAAGCACGAUGAAUUCGCCAGUGUACCGCCAUCGCCUGGCGUGCAGACGACCGGCCCAGGCGCAGCGGCGGCCUGCCCGGAUGUCCAUGCGUCAUCACCCUCCGAAAGUAGCCCCUCCUCCCAGACCGGCUAUCAGAGAACCCCCAUACCGUUCCUUCUCAACUCUACCCCCUUGCAGGCGGAAAAGAAACAGCGGCUCGGCUUGCAAUUGGCAAACAACCCUGUUGCUACAUAUCUGGAGUACCGGGAGAAAGGCCUGUCGCUGUUCCGUGAAGUCAGCGUCAAGCAUUUAUUCAACAUCUUGGAAGAGGCGACGUCGACGAGACGGGCGGACGUUAUCGCGAAGCUGGCGCACGAUGCUGUGGAGGCUGGUCACUAUCUCGGAGCGCCUCUUCACCGCGCAUUCAUCGAGAAGCUCCUGUUAUGUGCCAGCGAGAAUCGCCUGGUGGCGAAAGCCAGUAUUUUUGCGCUGCUUCAGAAACUCAUUGAGACCGGACAGCUCACAUCAUUCACGUUGGAGAACAGGAUUCCAAUAAUCUUGGCUGCACUGAAGCUUCCCCUUGACUCCGUCCUUGAUCGCCAGCUCUUUGAUGUCUUUGUUUCCCUCCUUCUACCUCUCUUGGUAAAUCCACAAAGUAUGUGCGACUACCAUACACUCCGCCGGUCAAGAUCUGCUGUCGAGCUGUUGUAUCGCUUAGCGUAUGAACUCGCGCGGCUGGACAUGCGGGCCAAGUCUUUUGAAAUCAUGGAUGCGCUCGUCAAGACUGACAACCUGUCUGCAAAGUCCAUCACCCGCUCGGACCUUCAGUCUGGGGACUUCAGCUUCAUCGUUCUCUCAGCUAUAACUCGAUCGUGCGUUGACUGGGGCUGGCGGUCGAGCGCUAGUACUCUGAUCAUGAGGGCGCUGCCGGACGCUCAAAUUAUCACCCCUUCUCUUGGCGGGCUUUGCGUGUAUGUUGUGCGAGCUCUGAUAGAAAAUCCCAGAGUGCGGGACGUAAACGAUUCGGCCGCCAUCAUUAUCCAAAUUAUGCAACGCAGUCCAAACUAUGAUAUUCCCGCGCAUGUUCUGCAGAUCUUCUCCGAAGCUGCGGAGAGAAUGUCUAGUCCUGAGGCAAUCGAAGCUGUCUACGUAGUCGCGCAGUCGGACGCCGUGCGAAUGCACCACUCCUAUCCACCCCCCUCGGGUCAUAUUCUGACCUCGUUUUUCCAUUACCUGGCCGUCAGAAGCAAGAAUCACCACCUCGCUCGUCAGCUGGCGUCGGACAUCGUCGAUAAACACGUCCCUAUCCCCCUCCAGGACCGCGGACGGCUGAUCGCGCUCGUCGCGUCACAGGGCUUUGCUACGCAGGCCCGAGCACUGUGGGAGCGCUAUACCACUGGCGGUCAACAAAAGGUCGUGACGAGCCACGCCCAGGCGAUGCUCCGACUGGUCAGCCUUUUCACCAGCCUCGUUCGACGUUACGAGGGCGAGGACGCGCCGCCGUCCACGGCAUUAGCCGGAACCAGCGUGGUGGAGAUUGCCGAAGAAUUGACCAGUGGAUACGACGAGGAUGGCGCCCUCUCCGACUCGUCUCACUCUCCGGGUACCGGGACAGCUACAUCCGCGUUGGCGCACUCAAGAAGCGGACUAGAGUCUGUGUAUAAUGAAGGUGGGCCAUCACCGUCUGGGCCGGGCGAAUCGCUUAACGUGGAGGCUGUCCCGAGGGACUCGAGCUGGUCGUCGGAGCAUGGCCAGAUCCUUGCCCAGGAUCCCUCUCACGACCGACAGCUUCCACAUGAGAACGCGCGUGCUGCCCCUUCUGCGUCAGGUGGAGCGCUGCAGGCCUCCAACGUGGAUUCGAGUGUCUCUGUGGAGACAGCGCUGCCAUGUUCAUCCGAAAGCCCGACCGAGGGCGACAAGGCCCUUAGCGACGAUGACGCGAGGGUCGCAGACUACAGGGCGUUCGCGCUGCAAGUGUACACUGCUUUCCACAAGAGCUGUCAGCCGGUGAAGGAGGUGCAUCACUACAAGCUCAACGCGCUGGCGCGGGCGAGUUUCAUGCUCGGAAAGCUGGACGAGGGGCUGGAGGCGUUCCGGCUCAUUCUCAGCCGGCGAAUUGUGCCAGACCUGCACGACGUGAACGUGGCGCUGUCUAUUCUGGCGGACUACAACCCAACGGCAGCGGCUCGGGUGAUCGACCGUAUGGUAAAGAUUGGGCUGCAGCCGGACGUGGUGACGUUCGGGAUCGUGAUUCACCGCGCGGUGAUACACAACGACGCGACGCUGGUGACGGCGCUGUUGCGGCGGGCGCGGCAGCUGAACUGUCACCGGCUGGACUACCACACGCUGGGUGCGCUGAUCCGGGCGACGGUGACGAUGGACCGGGACGGACGGGCGAGUGCGAAGGACUACCUAGACAACGCGAAGGACCUAGUGGACUCGCUACUGACGGCGAGGCAGGUGCCGUCGCCGAACAUGGGGCGAGACUGUGUGGUGGCUGCGCUGCGGGCGGACGACCCGGAGAUGGCGUUUCGGUUCUGGCGGCUGCUGAUGAAGGACAAGGUGGAGUGGGCGGAUCGGGCUCAGACCAAGACGCGGAAGAGGAUCGCGAGCGCGGUGCGGAUGCAUUGUGAGAAGGGGUGGCUGAACGAGAGCAAGGGGCGGGUUAUGCUGGUGGAGUUGUGCGAGCCUGUGCGGCGUCGGAGGGGCCGGGUGCUGGGAGCGGUGGCGGGGGAGGGCGAGGGCGAGGGGGAGGGCAAAGCGGAGGGCUGA